AUGAAGAAAGACGGAUUCAACAUGUCGGAUAGCGAUGACAAACCGUUUGAAUGUACGGCGGCAGGAUGCGGGCAGGUAAGCAUCUUCUUCUCGCUUCUAGUUCCUGUGAAGGGUUUCUUCCUGGGGGAGUUGGAGGCGACUGGUUUAAUUUUAAAGCGAUGUCGUCACCUGUAGUAGAUUUUAAGCCUUACGUAAGCUUUCAUUUAGCCAGCCAGCUAACUUUUCACCUCGCGUCCACAGAGAUUCGCUAACAACGAUCAUUUAGAACGACACAAACAGAAACAUCAACUUACACUGAAAUUCGGCGCGCUCAAGGGAACAGAUCUUUCUGUUGCAGGUAAUGUUUGAAUUUUCUUCAUAAUUCUUUUGGCGUUCUUGCGAAAUCUCACGUUUUGGUCGCAUCGACUACGUGAGACUUCGCAUUGAUACAUGUAAAUGAAUUUGCGAGGCCUCUGUUUUAUUGUUCUCCAUUAUAAUAGAGCGUUCAUUUUCCUCUGAAAAUCUUGGUAACUUAUUUUAAAACCGCAUUGUUAAGUCGAUAGCAGAUACAUUUGUAAUUAUCAGUUGACUAAAUUUGGCAUCCUAUAUUUUCCUUUUGUAAUAUCUUGAACCGUGUAAACAAUGCAUGCUUCAUUCGUUUAACUUUGUGUUUUACAAAUGCAUUACGUGGUUUACUACAGUAUUCUUUAUUAUACUUGUUACAUUCUAAUAAGUGGACAUAGAGAACAUGUUUCUAAAGCCACUUUAGAAUAUUGUCCUCACCUUAAGUAAAAUUAAGUAUUUUAAGUUUAGUCAGACUUCAUCGAGUUAUUUAAGCUUAAAUCUGUAUUUUUGUGACUACUUUUGUCAAGGUUACAAAAAUUCAUACAUUUAUCAGAGAAUCUUGUCAACAGCAUUUCCCAUCAAAUCAGGAAAAAUGGGAAAAGCUGUGUCAAAGUCAUAACCAAUAGGAAGAAAGUUUUCAAGUGUCUAUGAGCCGUUUAUUUUGUCUAGGGGAGAUAGGGAUAGGGAAAGUUGCUGUUGAAUAUCUUUUACAUGUGGGGGGUAGAGGGUUGUUACAUGCCAAGCUGCUGUGUGUAAAUGAUUUUGCUGUUUGUACUGUUGCUAUACAAAAUAUUUGUGUACUGAAUAUCUCCCUAAAGCUUUACAUGUAAGUUUAGAGAAAGAAACCAAGCUCCUUAUAAGCUUACAGUAACUAACUUGAAAAACCAGGCUGGUAAGAUACUCUCUACAUGUACAGCAGUAUUAGAUCUCAGGGUGGUUUCAAUCAGGAUUAAAAGGAAACUUUUAAUAUAAGUGGACUGUAAAGAAGAAUAUAGUCCAUUAAUCUGUGAUUAUAAUGAUGGAGAAAUAAUUAUUAACCUGUCUGAGUGGGUAGGAAGUAUUAAAUUGUACCCCCAAAAUAUUGUGCAACCUGAUUAUUUAUCAUCUGUUUGAUAACAUAUUUCUGUUAUGACCUCAGAGCAAAGUAGGUCUACCUGGAAUAUGGUGACGAAAUUUCUUGGUCUCUAUCAGUGGCUUAUGAAUAUCAGGAGAUUUAAUUUGUGAAAUCCCAUUUUGAGCAGUCACUUGAACUCUGUACAGCACAGCAACCACUUCUGAAAGCCACCUUGUUCUUUUGAUUUUUAAGUUCUUAUAAGUGACCAAUUAGUUAGCAUUUAAAGAAAGGCAUCUACUUCUUGAUCAAAUUAAGGGGAAUAAAGGGUAUAUAAGCACUCAUGCAUGGUUCAUUGGCUGAUACAUAUGCCAACUGAAUCAAGCAAAAGGUAAAAGGGAAACUUCAGGUGAUUGUAGUCCUGAAUAGGACUGUGGUUGACAGUAACUGAUGUUUCAACAACCUGUUUGGUAGUCAUCUUUAGAAUCAAAGUGAGUUGUAUCAUGUCAGUUGAUGGUAUUUAACUCNUGUUGCUAUACAAAAUAUUUGUGUACUGAAUAUCUCCCUAAAGCUUUACAUGUAAGUUUAGAGAAAGAAACCAAGCUCCUUAUAAGCUUACAGUAACUAACUUGAAAAACCAGGCUGGUAAGAUACUCUCUACAUGUACAGCAGUAUUAGAUCUCAGGGUGGUUUCAAUCAGGAUAAAAAGGAAACUUUUAAUAUAAGUGGACUGUAAAGUAGAAUAUAGACCAUUAAUCUGUGAUUAUAAUGAUGGAAAAAUAAUUAUUAACCUGUCUGAGUGGGUAGGAAGUAUUAAAUUGUACCCCCAAAAUAUUGUGCAACCUGAUUAUUUAUCAUCUGUUUGAUAACAUAUUUCUGUUAUGACCUCAGAGCAAAGUAGGUCUACCUGGAAUAUGGUGACGAAAUUUCUUGGUCUCUAUCAGUGGCUUAUGAAUAUCAGGAGAUUUAAUUUGUGAAAUCCCAUUUUGAGCAGUCACUUGAACUCUGUACAGCACAGCAACCACUUCUGAAAGCCACCUUGUUCUUUUGAUUUUUAAGUUCUUAUAAGUGACCAAUUAGUUAGCAUUUAAAGAAAGGCAUCUACUUCUUGAUCAAAUUAAGGGGAAUAAAGGGUAUAUAAGCACUCAUGCAUGGUUCAUUGGCUGAUACAUAUGCCAACUGAAUCAAGCAAAAGGUAAAAGGGAAACUUCAGGUGAUUGUAGUCCUGAAUAGGACUGUGGUUGACAGUAACUGAUGUUUCAACAACCUGUUUGGUAGUCAUCUUUAGAAUCAAAGUGAGUUGUAUCAUGUCAGUUGAUGGUAUUUAACUCUGGUUAUUGACCUUAUUGGUCAAUUAAGUUGUGAUGUUAUUGGUUAUCACACAGUUUGUUGAAACAUCAGUAAUUAGUGUCAACAACAGUCCUAUUCAGCACUAUGUUCACCCGGAUGAUCAUGCUCCACCUGCUUAUGAGAUGACUCCUUGCUUUAAACCUUUCACAGUUAUAGAGAAACUAUGUAGCAUUUUUUAAACAUUUCAUUGGAAAUUGGUGACAACUUAUUAAGCCAAGGUUUUCUGCUAAAAGCUCUCGGUAGUGAUGUCCUUGAUAGGUAUAUGAUGUGGUCCCUUAUCAGAGCCAAUUCUCCUUAACAACUGGCUCUAGUUGCCAGCCUUUGUCAGCAGUACUCUGUACAUUUAAGUAAUAAUUUAUUGACUCGUUUCUUUUUUUUUUCCAGAUCAGACACCCACACCAACACGAUUCUUAAGGAACUGUGAGGAGGAAGGCUUGUUUGUAGAUUUAGACAAUCCUUUUGAUCAGGUGUGUCUUCUCUCCUUUUAGCCAUUUACCCGAGCCCACCACUAAGUCAAACUUCUACAUGUACAGAAUUUGUACAUGCACAGUUUUUACACAGUAUAAUAUUAUAUGUAAUGUUAUCAAUGAUAAUGUCUCUUAAUGUGAUUUUGCAGUGUGACUGCUGUUGCUGCAGCCACUAACAGCACAGGAAAAGACCAAACCACUAUCAACCAGUAUUACAUGUAUCAAAAAGAAUUGUUAGCUUAAACUGCUUUAGUUUGAAUUUGUUGUUUGCUAUCUGCAGUCUACUUGGAUAAGAUAAUGCUAUUAAUGUGAAAACUGUUCCAUUUAAUUGACAUGUAAUAAUUGUACUUUAUUUUAUUUAAGGAUUUCAAGAGAGCCACUGUACCUGAACAGGUAAUAGAGAAGAUAUUACCAAAAACAAUAUUAUGCCAUUCAUUCCUAAUGAUGAUCACACAAACAGAAAGAACAGAGAAAAAAAAUAUAUAUUUUUUUAAUUUUCUUUGGUAAAAUCCUAAAAAAGAAGAUGGUACCAUGCUAAGGAUCUACCAGAGAGGUUUAAUUUGAAUGGUAACAUUAUUCACCAUUUUUCCAUUGACCACAAUGUACCUUGUUUACCCCUACCUCCCAAAUUUUGGUUAUGCAUAUAUAUUUUUUGGUUGGGUGGGGGAGAACAAGGUGCAUUAUAGUUUGUGUGAAAAUAGUGAAUAGAAUUUUUCCACAGAUUUUAGAAUAGGAGUGAGAAAUAAUAUCUUCAUACAGUGGAAACUCUCCCAAUGGACACUCUUGUAAGCGGACAGCUCUACUUGCGGGCACCUUCUCAAAACCCUGUUUUUCUCAACCCUCAUACAAAGUCUAUAUUUUUAUGGACACCUUUUUGGCAUCUUGAGGGUGUCCACUCACAAGAGCUUCAAAUGUAACAUAAUAAGGAGUGAAAGAGUUAUUACUUAAAAUAAUAACUACAAUGUACUUACAUCUCAGUUCACAAGCGAGUAUUGCAGAGAAGAGGAACACCCAUAGUGUAAACCAGAAGAGAAAAUUUUUGAGGGAAAAAUAAUAAGAUCGUUCAUGUACUUUCAAACAGGAAACUUUCACCACAGUGAAAAACAAACUCAGGAUCUUUAGAUUACUGGUAGAUUUAGCCUCCUACACCAGUCCGGAAUAUCCCUAAAUUUAAGGACAGGGCCAACUGGUCAUGCGACACUUUUCAACCAAUGAGAAGGCGCGCUUGUGUUUAUCAACAAACAAAUCAAAACAUCGCCCCAGUGAUCAAAAAUUUUCAAAACAACGGACGGAGUCGGACAGAAUCAGUCAUCGUUUCGGGGCUCUCAGGCAUAUUUUUAAGACUUUUCAUGAGGCAUACACAAUUUUUUUAAGUGGACAGCGUAUCGGAAGCCAUAUUGGAAGUGUCUCGUGAAAUAUUCAGCACAUUUUGUGGCUUAUUUCUUCUUUUAUCUUUUAAACAACGCGAUGUAUAGGCGAGAUUUUAGUCGGUUUUCAAGGUAGGUGAACAAGUAUCUAUUAUUUUUUCGAUUCACAGAUUUUUUACGAAGUUCUAGAUAUUUUUCCUCGAUUGUCAUAUCGAUUAACUUUUGUCAUGUUGAAUGUGGAGAUGGUAGACAACCUAGAAUUUUGGUAGACAAUUUUUGAAUUCCGAGGUCCAAAAAACGUACGUUUUCCACUCCCGGGUUUCUCACAGAGCCGUGUUAUUACUUUUUUUCGCAUUAGUACGAGCCUUUGCCUUUUUUCUUUUCAAGGCCAAAACAACUUUAUAAGUCUUAUGGAUCUGAUGGAUAUUCACGUCUAACAUCUCGCCUCACUUUGCCGAAUUUGCGGAGAUGAAAUUGAAGAUCAUAAGCGCAAGGUAGAUACUAACCGCUUUGUUUCUGAAAUUCACUAAUCUAGAAAGAUUUAAUGUUGUUGGAUUCUCCAAAUGUUCAUCCACCGUUAAAAAACAAUCAAAGAAACAAGGCAAAUCUCAAUUAUAAAUGAUGUAUUUCGCAACUCAUUGAACAUGCAAUGAUUAUCUGGGAUAAAAUUAAAACAUGCAGGUACUACAGCAAGAAAAGAAAGCACCAGAUGCGUGAAGUAAACGCGAAACAACACAAAAAAACAAACAAGAAAAGUUAAUAAAUUUGAACUACUUUCUAUUCUUGUUAUGAUGACUGGUACUUUGAUUCUUGUCCUUUAGAAGUUAAUGGGUAGUGCAAUCCUGUUUUGUACGAUCUCAACAAAUUUUCACACUCUCUUUAAGGCUAUUUUUACACGGGACCAGUUUGCUUCUAUCAAAAAUCUUGCAAGCCAUGCAUGCCAGUGAAACCACGACCUCUGCAAUCGGUCCGGAAUCAAUUCGAACACCCCAAUGAUUCCUUGCAAUGAUUAAUGCUCUUAUUCUAUUACAUGAAAUGUUUUCUUUGAAAUAUUAAAUGUGAAACCUAGACGAGUACUGAAAGCUCAUCUUUAAUUCUGUCUGACUCCGUCCGUUGUUUUGAAAAUUUUUGAUCACUGGGGCGAUGUUUUGAUUUGUUUGUUGAUAAACACAAGCGCGCCUUCUCAUUGGUUGAAAAGUGUCGCGUGACCAGUUGGCCCUGUCCUUAAAUUUAGGGAUAUUCCGGACUGUACACAGUCCUCCACAACAAACAUUGUUUUAUUGGAGUAGGGAAUUUUGUGACAAACAAAAAGAAAUUCUGCAUAGAAAGUAAACAAAAACUGACACUGCAACACGUGUCAGUGCAAUAAAUUUGCAUUCCAAGUUGUGAUGUCAAUAACUCAAACUCCUCAUGACGUGAAUUUUUGGCAUUUUGCCUUGACUUUUCAAGUUAUUGGGAGUCAACUUUAGGAGUGAAGAAUUUGUUAACAACUAAGUCAAAGUAGGAGUCACAUUGAGUUACCGUUAAUUGAUUUUUAUUAAAUUAUUUUCCAUUGUAAUUCACAGCCUCCAAACCCUUCAAGUGCUCACACAACAACUGAACUACCUUCAACUCAGAGCUCACCCCCAAACAGUGCAACUCCAUUACCAAGUGUUAUAGUCAUCGACGAAUCUCAAUCUAAGACUCUACUACCACCUCCUGCACCUCCGUCUCCCCAUAUUGUAACUACAGAAACCAAAAAAGCUUCAGCCAUCUCAGCUCCAGUAUCUGUUCUUGUCAGAGUACCCCCGCACAUCCCGCUAGCAAUACCUGCCUCCAUUGCAGCACCUGAUGCUCAGGUGCCAUCAGCGCUUCCAGUGCCUACUCACAUCCCUAGUCGUGUGAUUUCAUCAUCCAGCAGCUCAAUGCCAAUCCCGUCCAUCCCCACUCCUGCCAUUGUGGUCAGCCCGAGUGCUAGUAGUCCUCCUUCGUUCAUGGGAAGUGCUAAACAGGUUUGUUUUAAAACGGAGAAUCAAUGAAUCAAUCAAUAACUUUAUUUAUUGUACAUUGUACUCAUGAGGUGUCUUCUCAUUGGCUAGGAGCAUACAGCUACUGAAGUUUUGGAAAUCAGCACAACCUACAGAUUAGUUAGUUGUCUGCUACCAGAUAAUUGACUAAUCUGUAGGUUGCACGCGCGAUGCAUGAUUUCUAAUAGCAAUAUCGAUUUCAGGUUCCUUGCUGUAUGUUGUUAUUUUCUUCAAAACAAUGUAUAAUAAAACAAUUGUUAGAGUCGGUUUUAGUGAUACCCUAAAUAAUCAAGGUCUCGGUAAGUGUUAUCAGCCUUGGCUCGGAAUUAACUACGUUCCCCUCGUGGGGUUGCUUCUAAAGCAUGUUGUUUUACAUGAUUGAUCUUUAAACCAAAAACCCUUGGUGUGUUUGAACAAAAAUAAUGUGCUUUGCAAAUUCACAUCUGUUUGGAAAACAAUACUUGUGAGCAAAUGGUGUUAUGUCAUCACUUCUUCAAAAUGUUGAGAAGAUUCUGCCCUCCUUCAUGCCAAUCCGAAAAGUGUUGUAGUAAGUCUUUAUAUAUGUAGUUAGCAACAUCCAUGUUAGGUUAAACAAGAGUUUCCUUUGUAGGAAACAGGGGAAAUUCUGCUGCUAGGUUGAAUACUGAUUUACCCUGAGAUAAAAUAUUACCAAUGCUAUUAACUUUAUACAACUGCACGUGGUAUAGACGUAAUAAAUUGGCACAAUUUUCCAUUGUCAGCCCCCUUUUAGACUCAUGGGCAUUGUCAUAAAAUGCAUUGAACUCAAGUGGAACCACAUGGUUUUGGCGGGUUUCUUCGCUAAGUUGUGAAUAGUAAUAGAUUAUUUUGAUAGCACCAUUUCUACAGUGUGUGUGUUACUUUACAUAGGAUGUAUAUUUAACAAUUAUUCCUCGAGCCGGAAUGGGCUCUGAGUCAAUAGCCCAUGGCGCCGAAGGCCGAAUGGGCUAUUGACUCAGAGGCCAUGAGGGCAGGGAAGGAAUAAUUAUUAUUCCUCUCUCCCUCCUCUCGCCUAUUGUUUUAGUAAAAUCCAACUAGUUGGUCAAAAAUAUCGAGACAGAACAACUUUAACUAGCGAAACGCGAUUCAGUCGCCAUUGUUUUGGUUUUCAAAGCCGGCGCUUUUCGCUACUAGUGGGCUAUAACAUAUAGCCUAGUAGUAGCUAAACCAAUCAGAAUGCAGCAUUGAUUAUAAGCCAAUAGUUGGAUUUUACUAUAAUUUAUUGUACAGGACAGUAGAAAACUUUGGACAAUGUUUUGAUUUGUUUUGUUUUGUUUUUUUAUUUUACAAUGGCAUUGAUUUUUUGAAUGUCUUAUUUCAGCAAAUUUUUUUUUGGAGAAUCAUGGGCAUGUCAAUACAUGAAGUCCCUGGUCAUAAAGAUUUAGAGGCCAAAUGGUCUAAUUUCCUCUUGUUGAUUUUUUCAGCGUCUCAAGGAGCAACUCAAACUCCACCAACAGCAACAAGCUGCCAAUUCCAGCAAUAUAAUUCAUCGUGCCAUGACAGAAGCUGUUGACAUGGUAACAUCACAGCAUAAUGGUAUACCAAGUCCAGGAAGCCACAUGAACCAUUCACACCACCCAACUACUAUAGUCGCUAAUAGCAACAUGAGUGUACAAGACAGCAAGAGGGGGACAGGGGCCUCGUAAGUACACUGCCUUCCACUUCCAUGCAAGUUCACUUCUGUAGGACUAUAAGCUAUGUUCAAACUGAGCCACCAUGAAAAGCAAACCCAAUAGGGCUUCUGUUACACACAAGAACGGUUUGUUUGGCAUGAUUUCUGUGAUGAAGCAAAGCUGAGUGUCUUCAAACUGUCUUACCCUCACCCGUUAAGAGCAAGGCUUUGCUCCCAUAAAAGUUGAAGUUGAACCUAUAAAAUCUAGCUUUCCCAGUAUAAUGUAUAAUUUCUAUGAAAAAAAAAACACUAAGAUUUUUUAGUUGCCUGGGAGCAAAAGUUAGGUGCUAGGGGUCACCUGGUGCUGCUAGAGCACAAAUGUAUAAUUUCAAUAAAUUGGUAGGAGCCCAAGUCACUGCCUGGAAAGGAAAUGAAAUGAAAUUGAGCGUGCCCAGUAUUCGAGUUUACAUGUCAAAUUUCAACCAGUAGGAACAUGAGUUUUUGAUUUCACUUAAGUUAUUUUGAUCCAUCGAUGGUGAUGACGUUGAUAAAUUUUAUUUUGGUCCAUUGAUGGUGAUGACGUCCACUUCUUGUCCUGUGACAUUUCCAGUCUACACCUUCUGGUUCAUCAAUAGGGGUGAUGUCACUAAAUCGAAAUUGGUCAGGUGUUCAUGAAAUUAUUUUAUAAUUGGCUCAUUAACUAAUAGUUAGUAAAAGCCCUGAACAGCCAUCCUCUGCUACUGCAGAAACUAGACAUUACUUGCAGCCGCAAAGCCAUGGGUUUUGCAGGCUCUGCUAGAGUACAGCCCUCCCUGAUUUGCGGCUGUUAGUUCUUUUAUUCUUCUCUCUUUCUCAGACUAGUCAAGUCAUUGUUCACUUGUUAAAACACAUUCUGGCAUCUUUUAUUAGAAAACGUCCACGAAGAACUCAAGAUGAGUUGGACCCUGAUGAGAGAAGAAAGCGUUUUCUUGAGAGAAAUCGGUGAGUAGACACAAAAAUUAGCGUAUUUUUGUAGAGUGCUACAUGUACUUUCUUGACUACUCUACGCAUCAACAUUAUAAGUGGCAACAACCUUCACAGCUUUGCAAAAUAUUGGCUAUUCCUGUGUUACCUUGUCUUUCAGAGCUGCAGCCACUAGGUGUAGAGAAAAAAGGAAAAUUUGGGUGCAGCAACUGGAGAAAAAAGCUGACGACCUUACUAACACAAAUGCCCAUCUUCAGGUAGGCAUGCCUAGUACACUGUACAUGUAACAUGAGUACAUGUAUAAUUUAUGGUAGCUUAUAAUAUCAGCUUCCCUGCGAGGUGAGGUCAUUGUUGUUUUAGUUCUCUAACCUGGAACUCUAAGGAGCUUAACAUUGUCCUCCCUUUAAAGAGGCAGUGUGGCCAAAUGGUUAGAGUGCUGGACUUGCAAUUCAGAGGCCCUGAGUUCAAGUCGCGCUGUGACCGCUAUCUGGAUUUGUUCUCAGUAGUCUCGAGUUCAAAUACUCUGCCACACUUGAAAAUAGCCAGCUGAUUUGCCCUCAGCCAGCUGGGGUUCUUAACCCUGUAAUGUUUGAGUUAGGUUAUUAUUUUGUUUCAUGCAUUUGCUUGGCCCCCAAAAUACUGCUAAAAAUACUGUGGAGGGUAAAUAAUGAAAUUAUUAUUUUUACUAUUAUUAUUAUUAUUAUUAUUAUUAUUAUUAUUAUUAUUAUUAAAACAACUUGCACCGAAUACUUAUAAUCCCAGUGGGCCAGCCAUCCUACUCAGGAGCCUGGAAUUACUGCUGAAGCGAUUUGCACAAGUCUUGAUAAGCCACUAAUGUCUGAUUUUCAGUCCAGUCAAACUCUUGGAAUUAUAAAAAUACACAAGUGGUUUCUGCGUUAUGAUGAUCGAUAGAUUUUGUGCAUGGCCCCAGCCUGGCCAGCAAGAUAUAGUCAUGCAAGCUGUAUGCUACAACUUUUCAGCUUUUAAUUACAUGUGAUAUACAAAUAAAUAUUCUUUUUCAAUUUGAUUUACUCUUGUCAUCUCUUUUACCAGCCUCUACUUUGACUUGUGAUUCUACGUUUUCAUUUUAAUUUGUUCUGACUCUUACACUUUUUGUACUUUUCUUGCCAGAGUGAAAUAGCUCUUUUAAGAACAGAAGUUGCACAGCUGAAAUCACUUCUUUUGGCACACAAGGACUGUCCAGUCACAAUAGCACAACAGCGAAACUCGCAGUUGUUGAGUAAGUGCACAUACAUGUAUUUAAGUAUUAUUGAAAACCCUUGUACGUAAAGUGUUUUUUUUUUUCAGAUUCAAUGUAAAAUGGUUUAAGGUGGCUGAACACAGUUUUGCAGGCGGUCAGCGGUAACUCGUGUGAUGGCGCGUGUUUUAAAUUAGACAAACAAACAUGGCGGCAAGAAAAAGAAUUGGUUCACAGAUGACAAUUUCUCAAAAUCUACUCAUUAAAAUUUUGUGAUAUUUUGCAGAAUUUUUACUUUUAUCGUACUUUCAAUAACCAGAACUUUAAAAUGGAAGUUUGAUGAAUUUUGUGACACAUUCAAUAAUAUUACAGUACAAUCAUAUUAUUGUUUAUCUAAAAACCCAUCUGUUAAAAUUUGGUCAAAUAAGUUUCAAAUGGUAAUGAUUAAUUAUAGUAAGCUGUGUGCAAGUUUAUAGGAAAACCUUAUGAGCAAAUUUUAUGUAAACUGGGCAAAAGUGAAAUGUUGAGGUUGCAUUCAAUCGUUCAUGUUGCCAUGGAAACUAUGAAAACGUCACAUUUUACCUGUCAGUCAAAAUCUUUCAUCAGGAUAUUAUUAACUUACCAAGUUUCAGCUUGUGAGCUGCAACCUUUCUCUUGCCAUGAUUUGGCAAAUGACAUAAUUAUACUCACAAACUGCCAAAACUGUGUUCAGUCACCUUAACCACCCUCCCCACCCCAUCCCCCUGGAUACUAGAGUAAGGCUUUUUUGCUUUCCUUGAAAUAGUUAGGCUUCAGAAAGCAAUCUGCCGUCCCUUCCUAUUAAAAUUUUAAGCAGUUUUCCACAGGGACAGUUUGGAUUGCUCUGUGAGAUGAGUACAAGUAUAUAUUACAGGUUAAAUUUAUUUAAAAAAUCACGGAUUAUUACGGAUGGUUGGUUCUUAGUUAUCUUAAAUUUUAGCCCUAAGAAGCAAAGGUAAUUGAUAAUCAAUGCUAGUUUAGAAAAAAAAGAGCCUUAAAUCACAUUUGACCGGUAACAAUCCUCGACUAUCAGAGUAAUAAUACAUUGUACACAAACAAGUCACUGUAGUGCCUGAUCCAAGUGUAAAUUACUACUCUUAUUCUCCGUCUUUACUCUUUGUAAUGCACAGAUCACCAAGUCACAGAACAAACCAAUGGAGUUAUAACAAGCAAUUCUCAUGGGGAGCCCGCCUCAGCCGAAGAUGUUGCUACCAGUGCUCUCACACAAAUGGCGCAUCGAGCCACCUUAGAACUAGAAAAUCUUGCUGCUACUACAAUGUCAAGUGUUUCAAGCUCACAGGGUGUGACAACAAACAGUAACCCCAUAGGGGUUUAG